UCCUCAUAUAGAGUCAUAUUUGCCUUCCAAUAGUGCUCCCUUUACAGAAAGAGAGAAGAAAUUUUUGUGCUAAAACAGAGAGCCCUAAAAAUACCUGCCAAUUAUCACCAACAGUAAGACUCCUUCUGUUCCUCCAACUCUACUCACAACCAAACUCCUCAUAAACUAUUCUCUUUUGAUACUGAUAAUCACUGUCUAAAGAUUUACUGGCCGUGUUAAUUCGCUGUUUAUAGACCCAUUCGACACGUCUAAUUAAAGAUUAAGGGACCCAACCAUCCCGCCACUUGUGGUCACAAUACUAUUACUAGUCAUUUAUAUUUCAUGCCACUAUUUAAAGACAAAAAUACAUUCAUUUGGAAGGAGGGUCUCGCCAAAGCAGCUUCCGUCAACUCUCUCUAUUCAUUCCCAUUUCUUAAUUGGUCAUGCUAAGAGUUGUCAACCAAAAGCUGAAGAAGUUUUGUUUUAGUCUAAGAUGGCCUAUACGCCGCCGUUCAAAGACCAAGAUGAAGAUUACUGUCAAACAGCUAGGAAAAUCUAAUUCUCAGGUUGAAUCAGAUAAAGAAGCAGCUAAUGCAAAUGGGUCUGCACUGAUCCAUCCCACAAAUGGGCAUGAAUUGGGUCGUUCUAAAUCUGGACGUACAAUACGUGUAGCUACAUUCAAUGCUGCCCUUUUCUCUAUGGCACCGGCACUUCCCAAGAAGAUUGACAGGUCAGCUAGCUUUGACUUUGAAAAUGAUGAUUAUUACUCCGAUAAUUUAAGAGCAAAAUCAACAAAUGAUCGUCCUAAGAGUAUCCUCAAACAAUCUCCUCUGCAUCCUAGUAAAGAAGCUGAUACUCUAUUAAAGAAGCAAGCUUUUGCUAAAUCAAAGUUAAGGGUGUCGAUAAAUUUACCAGAUAAUGAAAUAUCUUUGAAGAAAAGUGGGCGAUUAAGCUUUUUGGGAUGUGAUAGUGAUAGUGAGAGGUUUUUGGGAAGUAAUAUAUGCAGGGGAAAAGCUCCUAUAAGGUCUACUGUAAGUAUGCCACGUAUAGAUGGUCAGAGUUAUACAAGUAGAAGAAGUGUUGUUGAAGUUUUGAGAGAGUUGAAUGCUGAUGUUUUGGCCUUACAAGAUGUUAAAGCAGAGGAGGAGAAAGGUAUGAAGCCGUUGUCGGAUUUGGCUGCUGCUUUAGGGAUGAAUUAUGUAUUUGCAGAGAGCUGGGCGCCUGAGUAUGGUAAUGCUAUUUUGUCAAAGUGGCCCAUUAAGUCUUGGAAGAUACAAAAGAUUUUUGAUGACUCCGAUUUCAGAAAUGUUCUGAAGGCCACAAUUGAUGUUCCUCGAGUUGGAGAAUUCAAUUUCUACUGCACUCACCUUGAUCACUUGGAUGAAAAUUGGCGUAUGAAGCAGAUUAAUGCAAUAAUCCAAUCCUCUGAUAAGCCACACAUUUUAGCCGGGGGAUUAAAUUCUCUAGACGAAACAGAUUACUCUCCUGAAAGAUGGACAGAUAUAGUAAAGUAUUAUGAAGAAAUGGGAAAACCAACACCAAAAGUUGAGAUAAUGAAGCAUUUGAAGAGUAAAGAAUAUACUGAUGCUAAGGAUUUUGCUGGGGAAUGCGAGUCUGUUGUCAUGAUUGCCAAAGGACAGAGUGUGCAGGGAACGUGCAAGUAUGGAACACGAGUGGAUUACAUACUCUCAUCAUCGGAUUCACCAUAUAACUUUGUUCCAGGCUCAUACUCAGUUUUCUCCUCAAAAGGAACUUCUGAUCACCACAUAGUAAAAGUUGAUAUGGUAAAAGUAGAUACUGGUUCUCAACAAUAUGUCAACAAGAAACGGCGGCAACCAAAACAUAAAGUAGUUAGGAUUACUCAUUCAAAUCCAAACAAGGGUGUGUGGAAAAUAGACAAAUGAAACAUAUAGGCAGAUUGUUUAUUUUGGUUGAUUUACGCUUCCUUGUCAGUUCUUCUGAUCACCUCAUAGUGCGGUGCUAUAGAAAGGAAAGAAGAAAAAGAUAUAGAUGACUUAAUUUAUAUGAUAGAUCUUGUGAUUGAACCACAUAUCAAUAACAGUUUGAGCUUGGAUUUAUAAUAAGAGCUAAAUGUGCUGUGUCCUCGGCCCAGCUUCACAA